ACAUUUUGCUAAAGUGGUGUUAGGUAUUCAUUUAACACCGAACAAAGUCUGAUCCUUUUCUGCAACGUUCUCUGCAUUUUCUUUCAUUGAGAACCGCCGAAAUGUGCGAAUAAUGUGGUUCACAGCAAAAGAAGAGAGGCUCAGGCUUUGCUCUCCUAUUUACAUGAGAAAUGAGCAGAGCUCCCGACUUGAAUUCAAGCUCUUAACUUUGUAAUGGUUAACAGAUCUAUAGAAUUAGAUUAACUCGCCCAAUCUGCAUGUAUUAAUGCAGUAGAUCUGUAAUGGCCUUUCCUUGACCCUGAAGGGUGAGGGAGUCACGCAGGGCAGGACCUAUUUGACGUGUCACCUAGCAGUGAGUACUGGGGAGGCUUUGAUUAGGUUUUAUCAAUUCGUUUUGUGAGGGAAAACAUGUAAUGUUAUGGUCAUGAGGGUGAUGUGACAUUCUUUACAGUCUGAUCCCAAGUGAAGCCUGGGAAGGUGUAACCGUGAGAAAAAGGAGCGAGAACUGAAAGGACAAAGUUUAAAAGCGUUGUAUUUGUUUCUGUGAUGAAACAUAUUUGAUUUGAUCAUGUAUUGAUUGCCCUUCUCCACCCCGGUAUGAUAUAUCACCAAUGUAUUUGACUCUGAAUGCUCUGUGAUGGGUGAUUCAUCUCAUCUCAAAAUAGCUUUGCAUUUUGGUGCAUUGAAUAGAAUUUAAGCCAUGUAUUUAGCGUGUAACUGCUCAUGAACUGCUUAUCAUGAAGAUCAAAUAACAAGUGAAGACCCCACUUAAUUUCAAGCGAUGUUGCUGUAGACAUUGCCGAUAGUUCAGCAAUUUAAGAAUAUUAUAUUUAGAAUGCACAAUAAUAAUUAUUAUUCCAUUCGUGCAAAUUGUGUUGUUCCAAGUACUGUAGGCAAUAAUAAAUGGAGUGAUCUUGGUUUAGAUUUUUCUGUCUUCUAAACUAUAUUGAUAAUGUUAUGUGCAGAAAUGCCAAAUGGUGAUGCUUAUUAUUACGAUCAGGCGUAUUAUUAACAAUAGUAAUAGCCUACACGUGUAAUAAAGUUGCCCAUUUAUUUAACAAAAUCCGCGUUGAUAUGCAGUUUAUAUGCAGAGAAAAUCGAGAGCACAUCCCUCCCUCAAAUUGUACGAUAUUACUAAAUACCUUUUUCACGCCUCAAAGUUUUUCAGAACAAUUGAGGGAGGAGUUGUUUUGCAAGGUCAGCAUUUGGUUGAAAUUGAGUGCAAAUUAUGAGCAACCCUCUCCGUCAACCAACUAUCAAUGUAACCCCCUCCUCCCCAAUCAACCCCCCUCCUCACAUCUCCUCUCCAUACUGGUUCUCAUGGAGACCCCGUUGAGAGGACCUUGCCUCUUUAUAAAGACAAGAUACAACUCAUGCAACUGCCUUUGAAAUAAUCCACAGGAUUUCUUGCGAUAGUCUCUCCUUCACUUGCACUUCAAAGAAGCCUUCUGCUCUGUGGCUGUAUGCGACUGCUGGUGACUGAAAAGAGGACCCACAUGAACUGGAAUUAGUUUGGUCAUUCAUUCGGAGUCAGACUAUUUUAAGCGUUUUAACCAAGCGGACUGAGGACCGGAGACUUGCCUUGCAUGAUACAGGAUUACUUUGUUUCUGGAUAGGACUGUUUCUAGUUUUAGGGUCAAUCCAAGACCCGGGUGCUUGCUGCGCUUCUCUCCAUCGACACCGCGCACCUUCCCUGGUAAACUCGUUCAUCGCUGCCUUUCCGCGCAGCUCGUGUUGCAGGUGCGGAAACACAGAGCGCUUGGACAGAUGGCUGCGCUGACGAUACAACGGAAUGACAACUUUCUACACACCUUUUUACAGGACCGGACCCCCAGCUCGUCCCCCGAGGGAGCCCCCAACGCUCUGUCCUUCCUGGCCACCACCUGUAGCCAGGCCUGGCAGGUGGGUGGCACGGUGGGCUCUGAGAGCUCCCAGUUCCCCUAUGAGGGGGCGGUGGGGGUGAGCUCAGCCUCCGGGAUGUUCCAGCUCUGGAGCAACGAGGUGGCGGUGGCCCCUAGUUCUAGUCUCAGCGCCUCCAGUCUCACUGCAGCCGCACAUCAGAUGACAUUCGCGGUGCCCAAGGUCCAGUUCCCUGUUGGCCCUGGACAGAGUCUGCCUUCUGGCCUGGGUCCUCACCCGCACGCGCUCUACCAUCACCACCACCAUCACCACCACCACCACGAGCUGCCCCUGACUCCGCCGGCCGAGCCUCCCUCCGCCUACUCUUUCGAGCUCUCCCCCGUCAAGGUCCUCUCAUCCCAGAGCCAGGGUCCCAAUGGGCCGCAGUACUACCCCCAGCACAAUGGCGUCUCUGUGGGACAAAACUUCCCCGGCUUCUUUCAGAACUCUGUAUCCUCCGCCAGGCACCAUCUAUCCGGCGGACAACACCAUGUAGGGGAGGAGGGCCAGCAGGGCUGGUGGAGCCUCCCCCAGACCACUGGCCACGGAAGCCCCACCAACCACCACCCCUUUUCCCUGGGCCGGCAGCUGGUCCUGGGCCACCAGCCCCAAAUCGCAGCCCUCCUACAGGGCACCUCCAAGGGCCUGUUAUCCUCCACACGCCGCUGCCGUCGCUGCAAGUGCCCCAACUGCCAGGCCAACGGCGGGGGACUCGAGUUUGGCAAGAAACGACUGCACAUCUGUCAUAUCCCAGAGUGCGGCAAGGUGUACAAGAAGACGUCUCACCUGAAGGCCCACCUGCGCUGGCAUGCCGGGGAGAGGCCGUUCAUCUGCAACUGGCUGUUCUGCGGGAAGAGCUUCACGCGCUCCGACGAGCUACAGCGCCACCUCAGAACACACACCGGGGAGAAGAGGUUCGGAUGCCAGCAGUGUGGGAAGAGGUUCAUGAGGAGCGACCACCUCUCCAAACACGUCAAGACUCACCAGAGUAGGAAGAGCCGGUCCGGUGGGAACACGUCGGACUCUCUGUUGGCCAAUAUCAAGAGAGAGUAGAACGGACUAGAGGGGGGGAUUCAAUAGACUCUAUAUAGAGCCAAGUGACUGCAAUAUGUGAUGAUACUGUAACUGCCACAGACCCUCUGAGGGAGAGUGGUACGGACCACAAGGACAACCUAUAGACUAUUAACCUCUGUAGUCGUGACCAUUUUCAGCCCGUCAACAAAAUGCUUUUGAGAGAUAUUUCACAACAAGGGAAGCAAAUCGAGUGGCGAGGUUCAGGAUUGUGAUAUAUGGAGACAGAGCGUUCACUGGGCAUUUCUAGGUGUCGCACAAAAAAAAGGAUCUCCUAUAGCAAGGGGGUAGCCACUCUUUACCUUUGAUGGUGACAUUAUAACCUGGUUCCCACAUUAAUCAGCUGUCAAAUGUCCACGGUCAAAUCAAAUCAAAGUUUUGGUUGGUCACGUGCACACGGUACAGUGAAAUGCUUGCUUGCUAACUCAACAAUGCAGUACCAUAAUAUCAAUCAAGAAUCAAAUGCCAACGACAAAAGUCCAAAAAUAACAUAAAAACUAGUGUUAAAGGUAGGUACAUAAUAGAAUAUACAGUAUGAUAGAUUUUUUUUUUCAAAACGAAGACUGUUUUUAAGUAGUAAAGUGGAUAGCAGGUUGAAUAGAUAGAGGUCUUCAUUUUAUUUUUGAUUUAAUUUGUAAUAUUGAAAUAUAAAUCAUUCCGCAAAUUUAUGUAACAUGCAAGUGAUCCACUUUCUGCAUGUUUCAUCUUUUAGAAUCUGGAAUUCAGAAACAUUUUUGAUAAUGGAAUGUGAAUUACAUGAGGAAGAAAAUGUAUCUGAAUUUAAGUAUACCACAUGUCGGUUGAUUUUUAAGAAAUUUGCUGUUUGGCCAAAUGUAUAUAUUGAUCUGUCGGUUGCUUGUGGGAUCAGUGUUAUAAUGUUUUAUUCAUGGAUAUAUAAACCCCUAUCUCAGUUUCAUCUGUUGCUGAAAUGGAUUCUUGUUAUUUAAUCAGAAUGUGAAUUGCCAUUCCUAUGUGUACAAACCACAAUUUGUUGGAAGACUUUGUAAAUAAUGUAUCACUUUCACAGACAACUUAAUUGAAGUUAAGACUGCAUGUACAUUUUAAUAAACGGGAAUUCCUUGCUAAAGCAAAUAUA